GCUACUCAUCUUGAUCCAAUGGCUACUGUUCACUCUUCAGGAUAGUCCCAACUGGUUAGAGCUCUCCUAAGAGAAGAAGCGUUUCCCAGCGAUUAGGGUUUCUCCUUUCUUUUCCUCUCUCCAGUCUCCAUGUCCGGGGGCCCUUUCUCUAGCUGCUGUGAAUGAUUGAUCGAUGGAAGCGAAUCUCAUGGCUGAUUAUCCUCCGGCUUACAUAGAUCGUCGCCCAAAGAAACGUGCCAGAUUAGAUUGGGAUCCUUCUCAUACGCCAAAGGCUCAGCCAGGGAUAUAUUAUGGGCAAGAGGUUGGCAGUGUGUCAAGCUUUGCACAUGGAAGAUUAUUUUCUCAUCAUGAAAAUGCAUAUGUUAAGAGUCUGGCUCAAAAAGGCUCUCCCCCUUGGCGAGAUGAUGACAAAGAUGGGCAUUACAUAUUUGAGCUGGGAGAGAAUUUAACUACCCGCUGUAAUCAUGUUACUUUCCCAUGCCAAAAUGUCCCAUUUUAAUAUAUAAUUGGAUUCUUAAUGUAUAACGCUCACCAUGAACAACUUUGCGUUUUAUGUUCCCUUUUUCCGUAAUAUUUUUCUGACUUUUAUUUGCAAAUGACAAAGGAUUGCUUGGAGGUUAUCUUGUGUGGUCAUCACUGAAAACAAAGAAGCAAAACAAAUGAUAUUUUUCACAUCUCCUUUGUAGUGUAGACGUGUAGUGUUCUUUUUAAAAUGCUAUCAAAUGCAAGAAGACUUGUACUUUAAUAAUAUAUUUCAGUUUUCUUAGAUACAAAUGAACCAAAGUAGAGCUUCAUGAUAAAUCUGAAAAAUAUAUUCUUACCAAGUGUCCAUCAUGGACAUUACCUACCUCUAAUUUCCUUCAUAAUGAGGCUAGGUAUAUCAACCAGCCAGUUAAUUUCUUACUUUAUGCCCUUGAUUGCAUUGUUUUAUGCCUGCAUUUUAAAAUUAUUCUGCUCUUAUCAUUUACAGUUCAAGUCAACUUAAUUCUGAGUUGUAUUAUGAUGUCAAUAUCCUUAUUCCUUUAAUUAAUUUGUGUGUUCAUUACGUAGGAUUUAAGGAAUGUAAACAAAUAAGUGGUUUUACUUGUUUGAUAUUUUAUAUAGUGUCCUUAUUUUGUACUUCUACCUUUUUUUGCAGAUAAGAUCCUCCGGAAGAUCGGAGAAGGUACCUUUGGUCAAGUUCUGGAAUGCUGGGAUAGGGAGCAAAAAGAGUUAGUAGCCAUAAAAAUUGUCCGCAGCAUUAAAAAAUAUCGCGAGGCAGCAAUGGUAGAAGUUGAUGUGCUUCAGUUGCUUGGAAGAUAUGAUAGAAAUGGCAGUCGGUAAGUGUAUAUCUGUUUUAUCUACUCGCUUGGAUUUUGAUUCGAUGUUGUGAUUAAAAGAGUUCAUUCCUUGCAGUUGUGUUCAAUUACGGAACUGGUUUGAUUACCGUAACCAUAUAUGUUUAGUGUUUGAGAAGCUUGGACCGAGUUUAUUCGAUUUCCUACGGAAAAACAAUUAUCGCUCAUUUCCAGUUGAUCUAGUUCGUGAGAUUGCCAGACAACUGUUGGAAUGUGUAGCAUGUGUGUAGUCAGAUUCUGCCAUUUUUUUAACCUUUGCCAUUCCGAUGGCUUUGUGUUCUCUAGGACCACCAUGUUUUGAAUGCUAUCCUUUUCUUUUAGAUACUUAGCUCUACAGUUCUUUGUAUUUGUUUCAAAGCUAAAGCUUCAAUCAUUCUGUUAGCACACUGCUUUCUUUUCAUGUUAAUGUGCAUAUAUCUUGAGUUAAAAUGUUUCUGGUUCUUGAUUUUUUCAAAACUUUUUUUUUUCCAGUCAUGCAUGAUAUGCGACUUAUACACACUGAUCUGAAGCCUGAGAAUAUACUCUUUGUAUCUCCAGAAUACAUAAAGCUACCUGACUAUAAGGUUGCACCAUGGCCACCUAGAGAUGGAUCAUUUUAUAAGAGAUUACCAAAAUCAAGUGCUAUUAAAGUAAUUGAUUUUGGUAGCACAGCAUAUGAGCGAAAAGACCACAAUUAUAUUGUCUCAACUAGACACUAUCGCGCGCCUGAGGUUAUCCUUGGUCUUGGAUGGAGUUACCCAUGUGACAUGUGGAGUGUUGGUUGUAUAUUGGUGGAAUUAUGCGCGGGUGAAGCUUUAUUCCAAACACAUGAGAACUUAGAGCACCUUGCCAUGAUGGAGAGGGUUUUGGGUCCUUUUCCACCUCAAAUGUUGAAAAGAGCUGGUCGACAUGCUGAGAAAUAUGUGAAAAGGGGUAGACUUGACUGGCCCGAAGGUGCAGCCUCCAGGGAUAGCAUUAAGGCUGUCAUGAAAUUGCCCCGUCUUCAGAAUUUGGUGAUGCAGCACGUGGACCAUUCGGCAGGUGACCUUAUUGACCUUUUGCAAGGGCUCCUUCGGUACGACCCUACCAUUAGGACAACAGCUCGCAAUGCACUCAAGCAUCCUUUUUUCACCUGUGACCAUUUGAGGAGGUCGUAAAAGGGCACCGUGGAUGAUUUGUUCCCCCCCCCCUACAACACAUCAAGGUGCGUAUUAUUGCACCUCGCCUUUGCUUUUUGUGUGGAUUCCUUGAAAAGCGGGACCCGUUCGCCCCAAGUCUUUAGAGCCUCGUGUAAAUGAUGUCAUCCGGAGAAAGCCCCUCAGUUUCCAUGUUGUGAUCUUGUGGUCCUGGUGUCAUUGCACCCAUAAGUUUUGUAAGAGCAGCU